CCCAUGUCAAGAUGAUCCCUCACCGGAGCACAGCUCUUUUAACGAUCGUCGUCUUCGUGGCCCUGCUUCUCGUCAUUUUCUCCUCCUCUCCGAUCCCUGACCCUUCCUCUGGAGAGCCAGCAACCGGCGCAGCCAAAUACAUCCCGCAUCCGAAACUCCCCUCGCUCAGUGACCUACACCUGCCGUCUUUCCACCCGACGGUGCAUACCCCUCCGGAGCCGCAACCCAACAGCACGAGCGGCGAGUCGAAGUGGCUCAGCGAUUGGUCGUGGAUCAACCCUUUUUCCUCGUCCAUCACGCUCGACGAGAACCGAUCGGUCCUGCCCCCUCUACGUAACCGACCAUUCAUCUACACCUACUACGAGCCCAACAAAGGAAACGAUCGGGAGGAAGACAAUGCGGAUGCCCAGCUCCUUCUCGCCUGGCGGAGGGCGUGGUUCGCGCAGGGAUUCCGGCCCGUCAUUCUGGGCUCGGGGGAGGCCAUGAAGAACCAGCUGUAUGAGCUGGUGCAGCCCAUGGAUCUCAAGCCCGAACUUGAGAGCGAGUUGUUCCGGUGGCUAGCCUGGGGCCACAUGGGUGAUGGUAUGCUUGCGGAUUGGCACUGCUUCCCCAUGGCCAGAUACGAUGACGCACUGCUCACGUACUUGCGUCGGGGUACGGAUCCCGCCCUCAUCACGCGCUUUGAUCGGGUUGAAAAUGCUCUGUUUGCUGGCGAGAAAUCACGCAUCAACGAGGCUAUCAAGGAGGCCGUGAAGAAGGUGGACGGCCAGUCCACCUCGAUGGUGGACUUGAUCCCGACGGAGUUCUUCAAGGUAGAAGAGCCCAGUGCAUUGGCUGUCUACGACUCGGCCUCCAUUACUAGCCACUAUCCUACGGUGGCCGAGAAGAUUGUGUCGUCGCCUACCGCCGGACGACUGGCGCUGGUGGAGCUGAUCAACGCCCACUUGCACAACACUUUCCAAAAUGCCUUCCCGGCAGGCAUUGCCGUCCUGAAGCCCUUCCCCGAACAUACCACCGCGCUAGUCGAACCCGGCUUGCGGCUUGCUAAGGCCCUGGUUCAAUGCCCGAUUUCCCCCGUGCCGCUUUCGUGUCCCCCCAACCUGCAGAAAUGCCACCCCUGCGAUGUUGAGAAGCCCAUGCAAAUCAGCCAGCCCAUGACCUACCGGAACACCACUCAGGUCUUCACGGUCGGGACACUGCCCCACCCCUUUACCCUGAUCAGCCUGCAGCAGAAUUCCACAGACGUGACGACGCGACACAUUCGGCGCGAGACAGAGCGCGAUGUGUGGCUGGCGGAAGUGACCAAGGAGCACCUGGGGCUUGAGAUCGGAGGGUCUCCCCGAGCCGUUGUAUUCAAGAGAGCGGUGGCUGACGACGCUGUGGUGGGCACAGCGCUGUGGAUGACCGUCGAGUCGAUGCCCCCUCAAGCCGGUCAGUCUCUGCCGACGGAGCUCCUCGACGAGUUCGAAUGGCAGUUCGGAUUCCAGAUCCCGCGAGACGGCAAGGUAGAUGCCAAAAACGAAGGCGAGAAGAAGGAAUCCGUACAGCAGGCCAACCCCAGCGCGCAAGGCGUGGAGAAGGAGUACGAGAUCCUGAAACAGGCCCGGGAGUUUCUGAAGCCCAAGGAGAGCAACCGCAUCGGCAUCACCGACGUCGCGGAGGCCUGGAACCUGGCAGACACGGAAGUCUGGCGGUUCGUAAGAGCAUACCGGGCACGAAGCGUGGUCGAACGCAAGAAAUGGGAGGAAGACGAGAGAGACUUUGUUGGAGUCAAGCUAAAAGCAUAGAUGGCCUUCUUGCUGCGAUCAUACCCCUUUUUUGUUGGCUGUAUACCGUAAAUUUGCUUCCCUUCGG